AUGAAAAAAAUAAUANUAACAUUGGAUCUUAUUGACAACAUUCCCGGACAACUUACAGAUAGACGAACAAUGUUAGGUGAAUUAAAUUGGAUCUUUACCGCAAUUACAGAUACUAUUGCGUGGAAUACUUUACCAAAAGAGUUAUUUCAGAAACUUUUUAGACAGGAUCUCCUGGUAGCUAGUUUAUUCAGAAACUUUCUAUUAGCUGAAAGAGUAAUGCGAUCGUAUGAUUGCACUCCAGUGAGUUCACCUGCACUUCCACCUACUUAUCAGCACCCCAUGUGGCAGGCUUGGGAUUUAGCACUUGAUCUCAGUCUUGGUCAACUACCUCGCAUUAUAAACGAUAAUGAACCAUUUGAACAUUUGCCAUUUUUCGAAGAACAACUGACUGCCUUCCAAGUGUGGCUUGAAUUAGGUUCAGAAGAAAGAAGUCCACCAGAGCAACUACCAAUAGUUCUGCAAGUUCUUUUAAGUCAAAUUCACAGAAUGAGAGCUUUAGAAUUGUUAGGGAAGUUUCUGGAUUUUGGUCCUUGGGCUGUGAACUUAGCUUUGUCAGUAGGAAUAUUUCCGUAUGUUUUAAAACUUUUGCAAAGUUGCGCAAAAGAGUUGCGACCUCUUUUGGUCUUUAUUUGGGCUAAAAUAUUAGCUGUCGACAAUACUUGUCAAACAGAUUUGGUCAGGGAACGAUAUCAUAAUUAUUUCCUGUCGGUUUUACAGGAUACUACAGUAACAGCUGAACAUCGUACCCAGGCUGCUUUUGUAUUGGCAUGCAUAGUGAAUGACUAUAGGGAAGGACAAGAAGCUGCCUUACAAGGAUCGCUGGUCAGUAUAUGCCUGGAACAGUUGUCUGAUCCUAAUCCUCAGUUGCGUCAAUGGGUAGCGAUUUGCCUAGGCAGAUUGUGGGACCAUUAUGAAAAAGCCAGAUGGACUGGUGUCAGAGACAUAGCUCAUGAAAAACUGUAUACUCUCUUACAAGAUCCUUGUCCAUUAGAAUUUUAA